UUUAUGUGAGGAUAAACUUUAUCUGAAUCAACUCAGUCUAAUCUCAUAGCGCAUAAAAUUUCAAGUCCGUUCCUUAGCAUUUUCGGAGAGAUGGAUGCUAAGGUAUCAUGGAAAAGCCAUGUUUUGGUUCUUCCGUUUCCUGUCCAAAGCCAUAUAAAUCCAAUGAUUCAAUUCUCCAAGUGUUUAGCAUCAAGAGGACUCAGAGUUACACUAGCUACAACCUUCUUGCUCACCACAUCCAUGCAUACCGAAGCCGGUCCUGUUAGAAUUGAGUCAUUAUGCGAAGAUAUCGAUGAAGGUGGUGGUGUUGCGAAUGAAACCGAAAGCCAUGGUGAUCGGAUGAAAAGAUACAAAGAAGUUGGUGCAAAAGACUUGCAAAAGCUAAUUGAGAAACAAAGUAGAUUGGGGUAUCCGGUAAAGUGUCUGUUAUAUGAUUCUGUUAUUCCAUGGGCUUCAAAUGUAGCGAAAGAACUCGGAUUAGUUGGAGCUGCAUUUUAUACUCAAUCAUGUUCUGUUAAUGCAGUCUAUUAUACUAUAUACAAAGGAUUCGUUCCUACACCAAUUGAAGAGCCAAUAACGGCCGUACCCGGGCUACCACUAAUUGAAGCUGAAGAUUUGUCAUCAUUUGUCUACAAGAUUGAUUCGUAUCCGCAUAUACUCAAUAUGGUUUUGAAUCAAUUUGCGAAUAUGGAUGACGCUGAUUGGCAUUUUCUUAACACUUUCGACAAAUUGGAGGAUGAGGUAGUGAAUUGGAUGGCAAAACAAUCACCGAAGAGAAUGAUGGCUAUCGGCCCAACUAUACCAUCCAUGUACCUAGACAACAGUAUCGAAAGUAACCACAGUUACGGACUUGAUCUCUUUACACAGGACUCCAACACUUACAUGAAGUGGCUAGACACGAAAGAAGUAGCGUCAGUUGUUUACCUUUCAUUCGGAAGUUUGGCUGCACUAAGUGAAGAUCAGAUGGAAGAAAUAUGUUGGGCGCUAAAGAAUUGCAACUACAAUUUCUUAUGGGUGGUCAGGGAACUGGAGGAAGAAAAGCUCCCUGCGAACUUCGUCGAGGAGACUUUGGGAAUGGGUUUGGUGGUUAAAUGGUGUCGACAAUUGCAAGUGCUGGCACACAAAUCUAUCGGAUGUUUUGUAACACAUGCUGGAUGGAAUUCUACAUUAGAGGGAUUGAGUUCAGGUGUGCCAAUGGUGGCAGUUGAACAAUCUGCGGAUCAACCGACAAAUGCCAAGUUCAUGGAGGAUGUGUGGAGAGUAGGAGUCAGAGCUAAAGGGGGCGAGAAUGGUAUUGUUGUGAGAUAUAAACUGGAGAACUGUAUUAGAGAAGUUAUGGAAGGAGAUCGAAAGGAAGUAAUGAAGAGAAAUGCUGUGAAAUGGAAGGAGUUGGCUAAAGACGCGGUUGAUGAAGAUGGAAGCUCUUAUAACAACAUUGAAGAGUUUGUAACUAGUAUGCUUUGUAUCUCAGAAAAAUGAAGUUUAUAUUAUAUAAUUAAUUCCUGUUUUUUGGGUA